AUGGCCCAAAACGCCAAGACACUACGAGGCUCUGGGGAAGCCACCGCCGCGAGAACUUUGGAAUCGAUUACGGGUCAGAUAGAGCGACAUUCCAUCGGGAUGCCGGCGGUGGUCGAGUUCGGAGCGAACCAGACCAAGUCCACGAGAGGGUUUGAAGAACAGCAGAGGAAGAUGCUGGCGCAACACGCGCGGGUCAGCAUACCGAUUUUGGAGCCAGCCGCGAAGGUCGCGGGCAAUGUGAGAUACGCCGUCGCUUCGGAUGAGGCUCGGCAGCUCGUCGGCGUCAUAGGAGAUGUGAGAGCUGGAGGGGAUACAGUGGUAAUUGACCAACUGAUCGCGAAGGACAAGGCAAGGCAGAUGGGGGGCACAAUAUCUGGGCAUGUUGCGCUUGAGUUCAUGAAGUGUGCCAAGGUUAUAUCUAACAUCCUCUCUCAACCCAUUCUUCAAAUUCUCCUCGUGCAAGAAGGCGUCGACGCCGUCAAUCCAGCCUACACCACACCAUUCCACGCCCUCGGGCCCCUCUCCAACUCGUCGGAAUCUACACCGACCUCGCCAAGUUCGUCGGCGUCAGGACCACCCACGGCCUGUGCCAAAAAACCGACGCCAACAACCCGCGCUUCCCCAUCUGCCUUGAGUCCUACAACACCACCGCCCGGAAGCUCGCCUUUGAUUUCUGCCAACAGCAUUUUGAGCAACUUGGCGCUCAGUACCUCAUUGGUCACCUUUGAUGACUAUCCCAUGGACGGGGUCAAGGCCAAGGCAGAGCACAUGCCCGGGGAUGCGGCGCUGGACGAGGAGGUUGCGCGGCUAGGGAACGAGUUCCGCCAGAUUCUCCACGAAGGCACAGGACGUGAUUUUGUUCUCGUGUAUCUGAACUAUGCGUUUGGAAAUGAGGGGCCGGAGCAGUGGUAUGAGCAUGAGCAGCGGUAUGGGCAUGAGGAGUGGCGGAUGACUCGCCUGCAGGAAGUGAAGGUGGCGUAUGAUUCCAAUGACUUGUUUAGCUUUUAUGGGCCUGUUGCUUAG